GAGGGGGCGGGCUCUGCAGGGAAGUGCGUCAGAGGAGGCGCGGAGAGGGCAGGGUGCCGUGGUCUGAGCUGGAGGACCAAGCUGGCGGAGCGAGAGGAUGGGCGUAUGCAGGUGAUAGACUAGAGAACAAGACUUCUGUCUCCGUAGCAUCCUGGAGCAGUCUGAAUGCCAGGAUGGAUAACCGUUUUGCGACAGCCUUUGUCAUUGCUUGUGUGCUUAGCCUGAUUUCCACCGUCUACAUGGCAGCCUCAAUAGGCACAGACUUCUGGUACGAAUAUCGAAGUCCUGUUCAAGAAAAUUCAAGUGACUUGAAUAAAAGCACCUGGGAUGAUUUUCUUGGUGAUGAGGCAGAUGAAAAGACUUAUAAUGAUGCACUGUUCCGGUACAAUGGCACAAUGGGAUUGUGGAGACGGUGCAUUACCAUACCCCAAAACACACAUUGGUAUACGCCACCAGAAAGGACAGAGUCAUUUGAUGUGGUUACAAAGUGCAUGAGUUUCACACUAAAUGAGCAGUUCAUGGAGAAGUAUGUUGAUCCUGGAAAUCACAAUAGUGGAAUUGAUUUACUCCGGACCUAUCUUUGGCGUUGCCAGUUCCUGUUACCUUUUGUUAGUUUAGGUUUGAUGUGCUUUGGGGCGUUGAUUGGACUUUGCGCCUGUAUCUGCCGAAGCUUGUACCCCACCAUUGCCACAGGCAUUCUCCAUCUUCUUGCAGGUCUGUGUACACUAGGCUCUGUAAGUUGUUAUGUUGCUGGAAUUGAACUACUGCAUCAGAAACUCGUGCUGCCUGAGAAUGUAUCUGGAGAAUUUGGAUGGUCCUUCUGCCUGGCUUGCAUCUCGGCUCCAUUGCAGUUCAUGGCUUCUGCUCUCUUCAUCUGGGCUGCUCACACCAACCGGAAAGAGUACACCUUAAUGAAGGCAUAUCGCGUGGCAUGAAUGGGAAGCUGCCUGCUUUAAGUUGUCAUUUUUAAUACAUUUUUUAAUACUGAUGUUUUCUCAUGCCCCCUCUCAGUUUUUAAUUUUUAUUUUUUGUGCAUAUGCCAUUUUAUUCUGAAAAUCCAUUUUAUUUAUAUACAUACCCAGGACAAAUUUACUCAUGUCUGCUAAAUUUCCAAUAAGUGGAGUAACUAUCUGUUAAAAUAGAAACUAGUAUCUUUGGGAAAUCUAUUAUGACCCUCAGAUCUUUGUUUACUUUCCUAUUGUAGAUAGCUAACAGUGCUAUUAAAAGACUUAUGCUUCAUAAAACUGGGAAGUUAUUUAACAUCCUUGUCCCUAAACUUUGACACAUUGCUUCAUCUGAGGUGAAAUAUGGCAGCUGUUUAUACUGUGUGUCUACAAAAAGAAGUGAAAAUAGUGUUUACUUGGCAUUUUAGCUUUGUAAGUGCAAAAUUUCAGCUCAACCAGAAAAGCAGAUCAGUCUUAGUAUAUUAUCCUGUUUUUUAAACUCCCUAUUAGACAUUUCAAUAUCACAAAACCAUUUUGAAAUUUGCUUCUUCCCCCUCCACACACCAGGCUUAUCAAUAGAGUACUUUCUUUUCAUCAUAGCACUAGAAUCAGAGUCCCCAACUACUUUGUUCCAGCUGAGUACCACAAGGAAGAUUUUACCAAUAAUGACCUGUUGUCCUAUAACUGAUUUUACCCUUUGCCUUACAUGACUGUCAUCUGGAAUGCAGUAUUUCCUGUUUCUUCUCAGAAAAACUUAUGUAGGUCACAUGGUUUCCAAGAAUCUGAAACCUAAAGAAACUGAAACUUAUGCUAAUAGGGCAUCUGGCCUGCUAGAUUGUAAUAGGAUACUAGGCCUAUCAUGCUAAUGAGGAAUCCUACUUGCUGUACUAUGAUUGGACCACUACCCCUAUAUAAGCUUGUGCCUUCCUGCAAUAAAGUAGAUCUGUGUCAC